GUGCCAGCAGGCUGAGAGACAGAUAAAGCAGGAGUUUGAGAAGCUCCACGAGUUCCUGAGAACAGAGGAGCAGAACAGAAUCUCUGCUCUGAGGAAAGAAGAGGAGGAGAAGAUGAGUUGGAUUAAUAAAGAACUGGACAGACAGAUAAAGGAGAUAAGUUUGAACAUCAAAGAGUUGGAAGGGAACCUAAAGGAUGAUCCGGUUAUGCAGAGAUUUAAGAGGAUGGAUCAUAGCAAUCCACAACCUGAUUCAGGAGCUCUGAUAGAUGUGGCCAAACAUCUGGGGAACCUGAGACACAGAGUGUGGGAGAUGAUGAAGAGCAUCUGUCCCUGCUAUCCGGUGGUUUUGGAUCCGAACACUGUAAACUCCUCCCUCAGUAUCUCAGCAGAUCUGAGCAGUGUUUCAGUCUCUACUGAAAACCCUCAAAUUCCAGAUAAUCCAGGGAGGUUCAGUGUUUAUAAAGGAGUUCUGGGUUCUGAAGGGUUCUCCAAAGGAACCUACAGCUGGGUGGUGGAGGUUGGAAGAAGUGAGAACUGGGCUGUAGGAGUAGCUGAAGAGUCCGUCAUCAGGAAGAAAAAUAUCAUAGCAACCCCAGAGAACGGGUUCUGCUGUAUAUGGAGGAAGAACAAUAAAACUGUUGCUGGAGUAAAUUCUAAUGAAAAGCCUAUAGCACUAACAACUGUAAAGACAGUUUGUGUGAUUCUUAACUGCGAGACAGGUCAGGUGACUUUCUCCAACUUUGACACUAACACAACCCUACACACCUUCACACAACCAUUCAAAAAGAAAAUUUACCCGUAUUUCAACAAUAACAGCAAACAUGCGCUAGAAAUUCUACCUUUACAGACCACAAUCUCAUCUAAAAUCUAAAGAGCCACCAUCAAACAAUCAAUAUCUCUGUAAUUUCACUGAACAGUUUUGAGAUUUAAAGGGAAAGGGUUAUGAAAUGAUGAAAUGUAAACACAAGACAAAGGUUACCUAUUAAGGCAAUGCAUAUCUUAAGAUGCCCUCAUAGCAUAACGCUUGACAUAAAAGUUGUAGGUUUUCUAGUCCCUGAACAUUCUAAUUUAGUAAAAUACCAGAACUUUGAUUUUGGUGCAGUAAAAUAUGAAAAAAGUACUUACCUUUGUUGAAUACUGCUCCUCCACUCUCCUACAGCUUUCUGAGAUGCAGUAAUUGUGUGCUUUUUGCCCAGCACUCUGUACAACGUCCACUUCAGGGCAUAUUUUGCCCCAAUAAAUCACUUUUUACAUCGU